AUGCAGGUGUCUAUCGCUUGUACCGAGCAGAACCUUCGCAGCCGGAGCAGUGAGGACCGUCUGUGUGGACCCCGGCCGGGCCCCGGGGGCGGUAACGGCGGGCCGGUCGGCGGGGGGCAUGGGAAUCCUCCAGGGGGAGGAGGGUCGGUCCCUAAGGCCCGGGCCGCACUGGUGCCCCGACCCCCAGCGCCCGCGGGGGCCCUCCGAGAGAGCACCGGCCGAGGCACUGGCAUGAAAUACAGGAACCUGGGAAAGUCUGGUCUUCGAGUAUCCUGUCUUGGCCUAGGCACCUGGGUCACAUUCGGUUCUCAAAUCUCGGAUGAGACAGCAGAGGACGUGCUGACAGUAGCCUAUGAGCAUGGUGUAAACCUGUUUGACACGGCUGAAGUGUAUGCAGCGGGAAAGGCUGAAAGAACCCUAGGCAACAUCCUCAAGAGCAAAGGAUGGAGGAGAUCAAGCUAUGUCGUCACCACCAAGAUUUUCUGGGGAGGACAGGCAGAGACCGAGCGAGGCCUGAGCCGCAAACACAUCAUUGAGGGCCUGCAAGGAUCCCUGGAGCGCCUCCAGUUGGGAUACGUGGACAUCGUCUUUGCCAACCGCUCAGACCCCAAUAGUCCCAUGGAGGAGAUCGUGCGGGCCAUGACCUAUGUCAUUGACCAGGGCCUUGCCCUGUACUGGGGGACAUCCCGAUGGGGAGCUGCAGAAAUCAUGGAGGCCUACUCCAUGGCCAGACAGUUCAAUCUGAUCCCUCCAGUGUGUGAGCAAGCGGAGCACCGUCUGUUUCAGAGAGAGAAGGUGCAGGUGCAACUGCCAGAGCUCUACCACAAGAUCGGUGUUGGCUCAGUCACCUUGUCCCCUUUGGCCUGUGGCCUCAUCACGAGCAAGUAUGAUGGGCGAGUCCCAGAUACCUGCAGGGCCAUCAAGGGCUACCAGUGGCUCAAGGACAAAGCGCAGAGUGAGGACGGCAAGAAGCAACAAGCCAAAGUCAUGGACCUUCUUCCCAUCGCCCACCAGCUGGGCUGCACUGUGGCACAGCUUGCUAUCGCGUGGUGUCUCCGCAGCGAGGGUGUCAGCUCGGUCUUGCUGGGGGUGUCAAGUGCAGAGCAGCUGAUAGAACACCUGGGAGCCGUACAGGUGCUGAGCCAGCUGACGCCGCAGACGGUGACGGAGAUAGACGGGCUUCUGGGGAACAAACCGCAUUCCAAGAAAUAG